AUGCGCACCAACACGCGCGUCUCGUUGAUGCCGACGACCGCCAGCGGAGUGCUGUGCAAGUGUUCGCCGAUUGCCGCAGCCAUCGCUGUGACCAACACCGAGGCAGACAUGGUCGCCCUUGCUGGAGUCGUGCGCGGCCAGCGACCCGCGAUGCGUCUUUCUGCUUGGGCCGCUGAGCGUUACGGGAAUGGCGCGUCUCCGGGGGCCGCACUCGCCACGGUUGCUGCCGAGGGGACACGGGAGUCAACCGCGGAGGUGACGCUGCAGACCACCGCCGCCAACCGAUCAUCUCUCGCCUCCUCCGGGCAGCCGGGGCCGCUGCAGUCCAUCGCGGAGGUGCCCCGCCAGGAUCAGCGUGUGCCGCACUUGGUGUCGGUCACGUCAACGGAACUGUCCGGUGUCCUCGGUGGUGGUACCUGCUCUAGCCUGCCGGUGCCGAGUGAUGUCUCUGCGGUAUCGGUCAUUGCCCCAUCAGUGGCAGCGACCCAUGUGACGUCAUCCUACCGUCUGCGCAAGAACAUCUCGUGGCAUUGUACGCUGUGUGGCUACCACGUGUUAGCGAUGGAUCAGGAUGGUACUCCGCUGCCCUUCACCAUCUCCGCGUUUGGCAAUGUCCUCCCGAUGACGUGUCCGCGUUGCAAGCUGAACCACACGUCGUGGCAACCAUCGACGCCGUUCAAUGAGAACGGCGAUCAUAGAAACCUUCCGACAGCCCUCUCGAACCGCUACGUUAUCCAGACCUCCGAUCAGCAGUCGCUACGCGUGAAGGACAGGGAGGAGAUGGGCGCUGCUGACCAGUCCGACGCAGGAGUAAAAGCGGCGUCUUCGUUGGCGGCAGGUGGCCACUUAGCUCAGACCGGGGCGUCUGUGGGGCGCCUUGCGACUCAGCAGCGCAGCAUCCCGGCUAUUCCCGCUGUGUCCUCGGCGCAACGGCGCGCCUACUACUGCGGCCGCUGCGGUCGUCGCCUGCUUCGAGUGGACGCGAAUGGGGAGCUCGUGGAAAUGGAUCGCGGCAAGGACGGUCAAGUGCUUCCCAUCACGUGCUCUGGCUGCAAGGAGAACCACAGUGACUGGGUCGUGAAGCCGUACGCUGUGAACCGAUAG